AUGGAAGUUCCUAAGCAGGCGCUCAACUCCAUCGAUGAGAUGGAGAUCCACGAGAAGAUGGCCUUUGACGAGGUCAUUCGUCCUGCCGACUCUUAUACCGAGAACGGCACCUACUGGGCUGAUCUCCCUGUUGGUCAGCGUAUCAGCUUCGUCACCACCCAGGAUGCCAUUGAGGCUCGCAAGGAGUUCACUUGGCUGUGGGAGAUGUUCAAGGCGGAUCCCUUGGCCCCUAUCGGUCACUACUUCCGCAACGCCGUCCUGCCCGGUGCUGGUCUUGGUCUCGAGGGUUACGUCCUGUUCUCCAUCUCCAACGUCAGCUCCCUGUUCAAGGAGUCCUUCCCUGAGUGCUGGGACAAGAAGAAGGUCUGCUCUGCCAACUGGAUUGCUGCCGUCAACUACAUGGAGGUUGCCGGUAUCAUCGUCGGUCAGCUUCUCGUCGGUGUUCUUGGUGACUGGAUCGGUCGUCGCUGGGGUCUGAUUCAGGAUGCUGCUAUCAUGUUCGUUGGUCUUAUCAUGCUUACUGCCUCCUGGGGUGUUACCCAAAACGGCUGGGUCAUCUGUUACGCUUGGUCUCUCUUCUUCUACUCCAUUGGUGUCGGUGGUGAAUACCCCAUGACUGCCACCAUUGGUAUGGAGAAGGGCUACGCCUCCGGCAAGCUCAGCACUGCCAACGACCGUAUGCACCGUGGCCGUACCGUCGUCGGUGCUUUCCUGAUGCAGGGUUGGGGUCAGUUCGCCAACCAGGUUAUCCUGAUCCUUCUGCUUCUGAUCUUUCACCACGGCUCUGGCAACCCUCCCUAUUCUACUGUUGCCACACAGUGGACUUACCGUAUCUCCUUCGCCAUUCCUGCUGUCGGUACCCUUUGGCUCGUCUACUACCGUGCUUACCACAUGAAGGCUGCCUCCAAGCAGCUCGAGGCCCAGAAGAAGAAGGCCUCCGUCACCGGAUACGAUAAGGAGUCUCUUGCUCUGGUUUUCAAGCACUUCACUCCUCGCCUUCUCGCCACCGCCGGUGGUUGGUUCGCCAACGACGUCUUCUUCUACGGUAACAAGCUCUUCCAGAGCAAAUUCAUUGGCGUCAUUAGCCCUCACGCCAAGGGUGUCACUACCAACUGGCUCUGGAACUUGGCCAACAUCGGCUGUGAGCUUGCCGGUUACUACUUUGCCGCCUGGUUCGUCGACAACAAGCUGUACGGCCGUAAGUGGAUGCAAAUCGUCGGCUUCAUCAUGUGUUUCAUCCUCUUCGUCAUCCCCGCCUUCAAGCUCAAGUACUACGAGGAGGCUACCCACAUUCACUCUUUCCAGGCCAUGUACUUCCUGUCCUCCUUCUUUAACCAGUUCGGUCCCAACUGUAUUACCUUCCUUGUUGCCGCCGAGUGUUUCCCUACCCCUAUCCGUGGUACUGCUCACGGUAUCGCCGCCGCCGCCGGUAAGGUCGGCGCUCUCAUCAUCGCCAUCAUCGGCUCCUACACUACCCUCCAGCAGCAGUUCUACAUUGUGCCCUGGUUCGGUCUCGCUGGUGCCCUCCUGACCUGGCUCUGUCUUCCCGAUACCACCGGUCUCGACCUCCGCGAGCAGGAGCGCCGCUGGAAGUUCAUCCGUGAGGGUCGCGAGUCCGAGUACCACGGCCCUGCUGUCCACCACAAGCACUUGUCUGUCUGGGAGCGCUGGAUGGGCAAGGGCAAGUACUACGAUGCUGCCCUUGACUACCAAGACAAGGUCCGCGAGUACCGUGCCGAGUGGGAGGCCGCCAUGGCUGCCCGCAGUGACGAGAAGGCUAUCUACGAUGCCGAUGAUGUUGAUGAGCACAUUCUCUCUGGCUCCAUGCACACCUACUUCGAGCGUACCACCCCUGACUUCCGUGGUAUCGAGAAGGAGACUCACACUGAGGAGCCCAUGACUCUCCCCGCCUCUGCUGCGGAUCAGGAGAAGCCCCUGAACCACUAA